AAAAAAAAAAAAAAAAAAAAAAAGCGCAAGAGCGCUGUCUGCACAAGUAAGCGAGUGUGUCAGAUCCGGACCCGAGAGGCAAAGGGACAAACUUGCACUACUAUGAACGUAAAAAAGUGGAGACUGCAAUUCAUUCUGGAAGGAAGCGAGAGCAGCGCAGUCUUAACUCGAAGGCGUUAUUAAGAAAAGAAGACGCGCUUGGCACAUUGCACGAUAGCUCGAUUUUUUGCACUGUCUUGUCCCUUUUGGAUAGUUUAGUGAUAUCUCCAACCCAUUCAUCUUUGUUGUAUUUACCUGGCGUGUCGCGACUUUUUUUUGGCUCCACGGCAUCCGCAGAGCCAGCACCACUAAUACGAGGGGCAGCCAAAUUAAGCUGCCUGCAUCACAUCAAGUGACGAUAAGGUUAUUGCUAUUGUUUGGUACAUUUUUUUCCUGAGAGUGUGCAGUAGCCAAAUUAAGACGAACACUGUGUUCGCAAAGAAGAGUGGAUUUCUACUGUUUCUUGCAAAAACAAUGAAAAUGGAUUAGUGCUUUCAGUUUUUCGACCUCAUGUACAUUAUGGACAGCAUUAAUGCGGAUAUCUCCAAGCUGCGUAGCUACGAUUCGUGCAAGUGAGAGGUGUCGGUGUCCGAGAGACGGCGUGAGCAGGUGCUUCCAUGUGGAGGAAGGAAAGUCGGUGCCCGCUCCGCCGCGCCUGGCUGUCGCCGUUCUGUGCUACCGGCUGCUGAGAAACCGAGGCGCUACCUAUGGGAGACGCUGGACCGUAUGGCGUGCUAUUACCUUGUCAUCAGCUCCACGCACCUUAGCAACGGCCACUUCCGAAGCAUUAAGGGAGUUUUCAGGGGGCCGCUCUGCAAGACGGACGGGGGGGAUUCGCCGGAUUAUGCUGAGAAGGAGAAAGCCAUAGCAAAAGCUCUGGAAGAUCUGAAGGCCAACUUCUACUGUGAAUUAUGUGACAAGCAGUACCACAAACACCAGGAGUUUGAUAACCACAUUAAUUCCUAUGAUCAUGCUCACAAACAGAGACUGAAAGAAUUAAAGCAGAGAGAAUUUGCUCGCAAUGUGGCAUCUAAGUCAUGGAAAGAUGAAAAAAAGCAGGAGAAAGCACUUAAACGACUUCACCAGCUGGCUGAACUACGAAAACAGACUGAAUGCAGUCCAGGAAGUGGUCCAAAGUUCAGAGCCGCAACUGCCACUGCUAAUGAGCAGCAAAAGGAAAAAGUAUCUACAGCAAAGGAAAGCAGAAGCAAUGACCAUUAUAGUGCUGGAGAUGGGGACAUUACAUUUGGUUCAGACUCCAAGAACUCGCAGAUCCUUUUUGUUUCCACGGGCAGUGGUCACACCUCAGAUGGAAGGAUUGGUCUGCAGUCUACAGUAGAGUAUAACCAAAGAUCUGGAGUUUCCUUUUGUUUCUCUAAAAAGGCCCAGCUAAAACUAGAAUCCUCUGCAUCGGUUUUCAGUGACACAAAUGAUGCCGAGGAGCCUCAGAGUCAUAGAGUAAAACAAGCCAUCGAAACCUUUCUGCCCUACAUUUCUGGACCAGACGAUAUGGUUGAUUUUACAGAGGAUGAAAACCCAGAAAACCAAAACAAGGAAAAAUUAAAGUUGGAAAGCCAGGAAAGUGAACCUGACAGGCCCCAAACUCCUGCUACCCAAAGCAGAUGUGAAAAGCAGAACUGCCCUGUAACGUUUUUAUCCAAUCUGGAAAAUAAUUUAUGCAAAGAAAAAGCAGAAAUUCAUAGUAAUGCAGCUGCGGCCACAGAUUUUGAAGAAUGCAACGCAUUCACCUCUUAUUCUUUGUUAAGUGACAUCCACAGAGGUACCUGUAAAGGGAAUAUUAGUCAUGAGAAACAAACAGUUAAAAUUCAGGGAUCAGCAGAAAAUGAGAAAAGCACAUUAACUGUAUGGGAUUCACAAAUGUUUAGCAGGGAAGAUUUACAGAGCUUUACAAAUGAUAUAAAUGGAACAUCUGCUGUGAAAGAAAUAUUGGAACCAUCUUAUGGAUUAAAUAAAAACAUCGGACCAUUCCUUGAUGUUCUUAAUAAAGAUGGAUCAAUGAUGCUGAAGUGGCCAUCUGAACUUUUAAUGUAUACUCAAACAGAACCAAGCAUUUCUUACAGUUGCAAUCCUUUAUAUUUUGAUUUUAAAUGUUCCCGAAAAAAACAAGGUACUCAAGAUGACACACAGCUCAUGCAGACUAAUGACACUCCACCAGUAGCAGCAAAUGCCAGGAGGAAAGAUUCAGAGAAUGAAAAAAUUAAAGAGAACACCACAGAAAAACAAACUUUAAAACAUUCAAAUUACUCUAAACCAAAGAAACCUAAACAUUUCAAAAGGUAUAAAGCAUACAAAAAAAAAUCAAGUAAGAAAGCACACUGUGGCUGGCAGCAUAGUGUAAUUGUGAGUGACAACGAUGCAGUCAAUGCAUAUUUAGAACAGGAUAAUAUUCCAAAAAUUAAAGGAUUAUUCACAAGCCAGUUAGAAUUUAAGAAACGGAAGAGACUGGGCAAUGACAAUGAGAUGAUGGAACAGGAUGCUAACAACUGGAAUUCUACGUGUUCAGUGGCUAAAAAAAGCAAGCCUUUCACCCGUGAUGCUCCAACCAACAUGCUAAAGAGUCAUGAACAUGUUAUUUCAAGGGAUACUUAUUUAAAUAGCAGUUGCACCCUUACAUGUUUCCAUGAGGACAAGAAAAAGUGUUUGUCAGUAACCUCCAAUUCGCAUAGCAGUUUUUCAGAACUAGAUACAGAGAGUGAAGGGCAGCCUUCUCAAUUAUGGACAUAUUCUCCCUCUAACAGGUCUUCCGUUCUGUCUCCAUUAGAUUCUUCUUACUCCAAAACUGAUGAAACCCCAUCAAGCUAUAACAGAUCUUACAGCAACUGCCAUUUUGGAGAGGACAGCACAAGCAGUGAUUCUCAUGACUCAGUAGCAAGACUGGACAGUAGACACCAUGAUUACAAAAGCAUCUAUCGACACAAAGGAAGGAAGAAUUUAUCUUUUUUCAAGGAAACAGAUUAUGAUGAAAAUGAUGCAUAUUGCAGAUAUUCAAGGAGUAGAUACUUCAGAAGGAAGCAUCAACAAAAGCUCGAGCAAAAUCAAAGUAGAAGCUCGGUCAGCAGCAGCACAUCUACUCAAAGCAAUGAUCACGUUCUUUCAUAUUAUAGUUCCAGCCGAAAAACACAAAGUUCUGGCAAAACAGGUUCUCGAUCAAGGCAUUCAAGCUGUAGCAACAGUUUAAGUAAAACAUGGCCUAAUUCUUUGUCAAAAGAAAGCGCCCAUUUUUUGAAAUGCACGUUAAGCAAUAGCAGGAGGGCAGCAAAGGUUUUUGGGAGAACCCCGCACUUUGACCAUGUAAAUGUUGAAUUGAACAACAAAAGGGAAAAUGUAUGUAAUGGGAGUAAUAAUGAAUGCAUAUCUGAGCACCUUCCAGAAAAGAAGAUGUGUGUUCUGCAAAGUGCUCUUGGAAAGGACCAGUUGGAGAACUCUUCCCAAGACAAAACCAAGGAUUCCAGUCUAAGCUGUGUAAAAGUAAAGAAUCGACCCCUUGCAUGCUCUGGCUCACGGACCGCACCUUUAAUCACUAACACUUUAGGCCUACCUUUGAUAGGAAAAUUGCCUGCGGCAAAGAAGCAAAUUAAGAAGGGUGAACAUGACAAAGCAAAUAUACAGAAAAGCAACAGAGAGAAAGGAGCCAUUUCUUAUAAUAAAGAGAAAGAUCAUAUUUUUGGUGAUGCACAUUUUAAUGCUCACCUUCCUGGUGAGGUAAAGGAAACCGCACCAGGGAGCAAUAAUCAGUCCUCAGAAAGAAUAGUAACAGAGCAGAGUGUACCAUACUCUAAAAAAGAAGAGCCUGGUUUACUAAACUGUUCACCAGAUGUCCAAGACAUUGCAGGAGGUUUUUCUUCUCUUGAUCCUGUUGAUUCCAACGAUGACAAGCAAGCACAUUUACUGAACCUAAGGGAAAACUCUGCCUUGAAGGAAGACAUCUCGCUCACUGCUUCUGAGCGCCAUGCUCAUUGUAAAGUGGAUGCUACAUCUGAACUUGAGCCAAAUUUUAAAUGUGUUUCUCCUCCACUGACAGAACAGCCCAUAAUCUUUACACCAGAUGAAAUUGAUAAAUACAGAUUGUUACAGCUUCAGGCUCAGCAGCAUAUGCAACAGCAACUUCUCAGCAAGCAUAUAAAGGUGCUGCCACCAGCUGAUUUACCAAACUUCGGUGCUGCCCAAGCCUUUCACCCCAUCCCUGUCCAGCAGCCCAGUCCCAUGGCAUCUAUUCGCCAUGCUCUACUUCAGCAUCACGCAUUGGCAGCCUUCACAUCAGGUCUGCAAGGCUUACACCCUCACACAAACCACCAGCCUCUGCCACACCUUCACCCAUUCCCUCCACCUCAUCUUACUCCUAUUUCACUCUCUCCAAUUGCAUCUGCCAUUUUCCCUGCCCAUCCAGCUGCUUUGCUGACAGGUCACCCACUUCAUAUCGUCCCAGCUUCAUCUUUGCGGCCGGCCCAUCUGGCCCUCCAUUCGCUCCCACAUAGCACUCUUCUACCCGCCCUUCUUGCUCCAUCUCCAGCAAUGGCAGCAGUGGCUGCCUCAGCACUCCAGCUCCAUCCAUUCCUUCAUCCUGUGUUCCCUGGCCAGGAUUUGCCACCGCACUCAUGCCCAAACACUUGAGCACAUAUACACUGCUGGACAUACUCUUUGAAACUGGAGAAAGCUGUAAGGUUGCUUUAUUUACUAAAGAAGUGCAACAUAUUGUAAUGGUUAAAGGAAAGCUUUGCCUCCAGUUCUUAAUGGAGUGCACAAAGUAACAUCUCAUCUGCAGAUUGCGAUUACUACCUUUUUAUUAGAACUUUACAGAAGGAGAAAACUGUAGCUUUCAAAAAAAAAAAAGUAAGGUGCCUGUGUACACCAGCAGUGUGUCACAUAAAAGAGAUCCUCUGCCUUAUUUGUUUUACAUAUCUCUUACCUGUACAAUUUCUUGGUGUUUUUUUAUUUUCAACUCAUAUCAGCAAUUUCACCAUAUGUUUAUUUUUUUAUUAUUUAUAUAAAAACUUUUAACCCUCAGUGUUGAUGUGG